AUGGUACUGCAGCCUCUUAUGGUGGAGGACCGCGGUACUGCAGCCUCUCAUGGUGGAGGACCGCGGUACUACAGCCUCUCAUGGUGGAGGACCGCGGUACUACAGCCUCUUAUGGUGGAGGACCGCGGUACUGCAGCCUCUCAUGGUGGAGGACCAUGGUACUGCAGCCUCUCAUGGUGGAGGACCGCGGUACUGCAGCCUCUUAGGGUGGAGGACCAUGGUACUGCAGCCUCUCAUGGUGGAGGGCCGCGGUACUGCAGCCUCUCAUGGUGGAGGACCGCGGUACUGCAGCCUCUCAUGGUGGAGGACCAUGGUACUGCAGCCUCUUAUGGUGGAGGACCGCGGUACUGCAGCCUCUCAUGGUGGAGAACCGCGGACUCUGUGGAGGAGGUGAGGGACAGGAGGCCCCUGGACUCUGUGGAGGAGGUGAGGGACAGGAGGCCCCUGGACUCUGUGGAGGAGGUGAGGGACAGGAGGCCCCUGGACUCUGUGGAGGAGGUGAGGGACAGGAGGCCCCUGGACUCUGUGGAGGAGGUGAGGGACAGGAGGCCCCUGGACUCUGUGGAGGAGGUGAGGGACAGGAGGCCCCUGAACUCUGUGGAGGAGGUGAGGGACAGGAGGCCCCUGGACUCUGUGGAGGAGGUGAGGGACAGGAGGCCCCUGGACUCUGUGGAGGAGGUGAGGGACAGGAGGCCCCUGGACUCUGUGGAGGAGACCUCCAGCCGAGCACCAGGAGACCCGCCUCCUCCUCGACUGCAUCCGUUCACACUGCGCUCCUCAGAGACGCUCCCACACACGGCUGUGGCUCAGGUUCCAGGAGCUACAGCUACUAGCAACAAAUCACCUGCAGCACUUUACUCUGUGAGAGCGACUGAGGCUCAAACACUCUGCAGUCAGAUUUAUGGACCGGGGUGUACGAGUGGAGGAGAGGCCUCCGAAGCGGCGCAUCUGUCCAUCACCACUGACGCUAACUCGAGGCAGGCGCGGCUGCACGAGGAGGUACGACCAAAGAAAACCGUCAAUCACUCACAGCUCCAACGGCCGCAGAGACACAUCGCCAACCAGAACCAGGACUGA